AUGCCACCGAGUUCACAAGCCGACAAAUCUAGGCAAACAUCGAGCGGAAAGUCAUUCUUCGGACGAAAAUUGUACAAAGAGAAACCUACCGAGGAACGAUACGAUAAUUAUGGAGGGCCCUACGAUAGCCUGGCACCUCCGGGAAGUGCCGCGGGCUCACGCUCGUCCCGCUAUUCGAAGCGGUCUUCGAUUCAAUCUGUCGACAUGACCCAGGAUUUGGACCCAAGCAGUAUCGCACACACCUCGGGCGUCAUCACUUCCAUCCCCUUUGAAAGUCUACCCACCGACACCAGGACCCCGAUUCCCAUCGACAACUCUCGCCCUGGCUCAUCGCGCCACGAGCCCUCGCCCAACCAUCUGGGGAAAUCUGGAGGCGACUACCAUCAAUAUCCGACCGUGACCUCUACCUCUGCGCCAAAUGGGUACGCUUCACAUCCUUCUGGCCCCCGUCCGCCUCCGCACACCUCGAACAGCACCUCAAACAGCACCCUGAGCAGCAGUAACUCCGGCGACCGAGGUGCCAGACCACAACAAUGGGGACGGCCAGGCAGCUCUGCAGCGAAUAGUGGGCCUAAUCACAACUCCUAUUCUAUUGAUUCGUCCUCCAACUCCCGCACUUCCCUCGACCAAGCCAGCAUCUACUCCUCCGUUUCUUCGAACACGCGCGGUUCAAGCUACUUCUCCUCAGAUAAUUCCUCUCGCACUCUCACAACCUCGCAUUCUGGUGACCGCACCAUGUUCCCCAGCUCCAGCUCGGGCCGCUUGUCAAAUGCGGGAUCCUCCCACCAGAUCUCUGUACCGGCCGCUGUCCCCCGGCCACAAGAUAACUACCUCACUCGACCGAGAGAUGACCGUAUUGUGGAUCAGCUGUUUCUAGAGCUGAUGCAGAAGCGAGGAUGGCAGAACCUUCCCGAACAGGCCAAACGGCAGAUGCUGUCGUACCCCGCUUCAAAGAAAUGGACAUUGGUACAUCAGGAUCGCUUGACGGAGUUGCAAGGAGAGCAAAAAAGACGACAAAAUGCGCGACAAACUCAUGGCCACGACGGCUUGUCCGGUUUGCUUGAACGUGCUGAUGAAGAAGGUAGUCCGGAAUGGUAUGUGAAGAAGGUGAUGGAUGAUACCAUUACGUCCAAGCAGCUUGCUAGUCUGAGUGUCAGCUUGCGGACACAGCCAAUCAGUUGGGUGAAAGCCUUUGUUGAAGCCCAAGGUCAAAUUGCUUUAACCAAUGUCCUCUUGAAGAUCAACAGACGAAAAGUCUCUGGUCCUGUCCCGGCACCUCCUACAGGCGAUAAAGAUCUAGACCGGGAAUACGAUAUUGCCAAAUGUCUGAAAGGUCUCAUGAACAACAAGUAUGGCGCAGACGACGCUCUAGAGCAUCAAAAUGUGCUAGUUGCACUCGUCACCUCGCUAUCAUCGCCACGUCUGAAUACUCGGAAACUUGUCAGCGAAGUCCUCACUUUCUUGUGCCACUGGGGUGAUGGACAAGGCCACCAAAAGGUCUUGCAAUCCAUGGACAAAGUCAAAAAUGACCACAACGAAACUGGUCGCUUCGAUGCUUGGAUGCGUAUUGUCGAGGUCACAAUCGACGGUCGUGGAAAGAUGGGAAGUCUGGUCGGUGCGAGUGAAGAGUACCGCAGCGGAGGCAUUGGCAUGGAGAACCUCCUCAUGGAGUACGCGGUCUCAACCAUGAUCCUCAUCAAUAUGCUGGUCGACGGAGCAGAAACGGACCUGCAGCUGCGUUGCCACAUCCGCGCCCAAUUCACGUCAUGUGGAAUUAAGCGUCUGUUGACGAAGAUGGAGGGAUUCCAGUAUGAGGUUAUCGACAAGCAAAUCGAGCGGUUCCGCGAGAACGAGGCCAUCGAUUACGAGGACCUCCUCCAGCGGGAGGGCAGCAGCAUGAAGGAUAGUAUCGAAGGCGAAGUCAAGGACAUGAGCGAUCCUAUGCAAAUCGUCGAUGCAAUCACGUCCAAGAUCAACGGCAGCCGGUCCCACGACUACUUCCUCUCAGCUAUGCAACACAUGCUCCUCAUCAGGGAGAACUCUGGCGAGGAAGGGCUCCGUAUGUUCCAGUUGGUAGAUGCUAUGCUGAGCUAUGUGGCCAUGGACCGUAGGCUGCCUGACCUUGAUCUCCGACAGGGUCUCACUUUCACUGUACAGAGUCUGUUAGAUCGGCUGCACACCGAUGCUGAGGCAAGACGGGUCUAUGACGAGUCUCUCGAGGCCCGGCAGAUCGCCGAGGCUGCCAUUGCUGAGCGCGAUGAGAUGCGAGCGCAGGUUGAGCUUGGCGCAGAUGGCCUAGUCUUGAAAUUGCAAAAGCAAAUCGAUGAACAGGCUGGUAUUAUUGAGCUGCAACAAAGGCAAAAUGAAUCUUUCAAGGCCGAGGUUGCAGAAGUACAACGGCUACGUGCUCAGGAAUUGCAGCGCAAUGAGCUGGAAACCCGAGAACUAUACCUUAUGCUUCGAGACGCCCAGGAUAUUGCCGCCUCAAAUGCCCGAAAGGCCAAUAACCCUGAGACGGCGGAGGCCGCAGAUCCAUCCCAGAUGCCUGGUAUCAUGGAUCGCGAAAAACUCAUGGAACGUCUGGAACGCCAGCUCGAGCGGACCAAGACCCAGUUCAAGCUCGAGGGCAAGGUCUGGGGCCAGCAUGGACCAUCUGACCGACUCCGUGAGCUGCGCGAGAAGAUGGAAGGCGAAGCGGAUGACAGUGAGGACUUUGCUGAAGCUACCCGCCGAAACCUCGACCCUGGUUCUUUGGGAUCUGUUUACCGCAAGCGCAGCAAUAUUCCUACGAUGGACUCGACUCUGGAAGACGUGGAGGACAUCCCGGUGGAUAGUAAUGGCGAGCCGAUGUACGAGAAGCCUCGUCUGGUGGAAAUGCACCGCCCUCGUUUGAAUCCCGCCCAGGCUACCGGCUUGCUAGGCGAGAUUGCUUCCAAGGUUCCUAAGUUCGAUGCCGAAGAUUCCGAUGCCGUUGAAGGGGAACACGUACUAGAAGACAAUAAAGCUGCUGCAAAGGCUAUGCCGCCUCCUCCUCCUCCAGGUGGUAAGAUUGUUCCGCCGCCGCCGCCGCCGGGAGUUAUGGCUCUUCCCCCACCUCCACCGCCAGGAGGCAAGAUUCUCCCUCCUCCGCCUCCACCAGGGGGCUUGGCUCUUCCCCCGCCGCCUCCCCCGGGUGGAAGGGUUGGUAUGCCUCCUCCCCCACCGCCUGGCGGAAUGACUCUCCCACCGCCGCCUCCACCAGGUGGCGCCAAGGGUGUUCCUGGACUGCCGCCUCCACCUCCACCCCCAGGUGGGAGAGUUGGAUUGCCUCCGCCGCCGCCUCCAGGUGGUGGUGGAUUUGCUCCUCCCCCUCCUCCCCCUAUCCCUGGAGCCAAGGGCUUGAUGAUCCCCCCGCCUCCACCCCCUAGCGGUGCUUUAGGUGCAGGCUGGAGACCGACAUACAUGGUUGGAGAUGUUUCGCCAUCUACAAUCCACAUGCCAUCCAUUCGACCCAAGAAAAAGCUCAAGGCUCUGCACUGGGACAAGGUCGAUACUCCUCAAGUGACUGUUUGGGCUGCUCAUGCACCGACUGCUGAGCAGAAGGAAGAGAAAUAUACCGAUCUUGCUAAGAAGGGUGUAUUGGAUGAGGUUGAGCGAUUGUUCAUGGCCAAGGAAACGAAGAUAUUUGGAGCCAGCACUGGUGCGAAGCAGCGCACGGCCAAGAAACAGAUUAUCUCGAACGAUCUAUCCAAGAACUUCCAGAUUGCUCUGUCUAAAUUCUCUCAAUACCCGGCCGAGGAGGUGACUCGCAUGAUCAUCCACUGUGACAAGGAGAUCCUGGAUAAUAAUGUCGUUAUGGACUUCUUACAAAGAGACGAAAUGUGCAGUAUACCAGAGAACGUCGCAAAGCUUAUGGCACCAUAUAGUAUGGAUUGGACGGGCCCUGGCGCCGCUAGUACCGAGCGUGAACAGGAUCCCUCCGAGAUCACCCGCGAGGAUCAGAUCUAUCUUUACACUGCAUUUGAGCUAAAUCACUACUGGAAAGCAAGAAACAGAGCGCUUGCUCUGACUCGCACCUACGAACCAGAGUACGAGCACAUCUCCACAAGGCUACAAGAAGUCGCACGAGUCAGCGAGUCCUUGCGAGACUCUGUGUCAUUGAUGAACGUGCUCGGUCUGAUUCUUGACAUUGGAAACUUCAUGAACGACGCCAACAAGCAGGCCCAGGGUUUCAAGCUGAGCUCCCUCGCCCGGCUGGGUAUGGUGAAGGAUGACAAGAAUGAGACCACCUUUGCUGAUCUGGUUGAGCGUAUCGUGCGCAACCAGUACCCAGAAUGGGAGGGUUUCCUUGACGAGAUCAGCGGUGUCAUUGGCCUGCAGAAGGUUAAUGUCGAUCAGCUCCGCUCUGACGCCGUCAAGUACAUUAGCAACAUUAAGAACGUACAGUCGAGCUUGGACGCCGGUAACCUGAGUGAUCCUAAGAGGUUCCACCCCCAGGAUCGUGUCAGCCAAGUCGUCCAGCGAUCCAUGAAGGAUGCUAGACGGAAGGCUGAGCAGCUGCAGCUCUACCUGGAUGAGAUGGUCAAGGCUUAUGACGAUAUCAUGGUCUUCUACGGCGAAGACAACGCAGACGAGAAUGCUAGACGAGAGUUCUUUGCUAAGUUGAGCGCGUUCUUGAUCGAGUGGAAGAAGUCUAGAGAGAAGAACACGUCUCUAGAGGAAUCCAGAAGGCGCACAGAAGCAUCUCUCGCCCGUAAGCGAAUCAAUGCCAACCUCGCCAACAACACUCCCACUGCAGAGGCAGCGCAGUCGCCUGCUUCAAGUGGUGCCAUGGACUCGUUACUCGAGAAGUUGCGUGCUGCAGCGCCUCAAGCCAAGGAUCAACGAGACCGCCGCCGUCGUGCUCGUCUAAAGGAGCGGCAUAACGUCCGCGUAACUUCAGGCUCCAAGCCACCUCCUGAUUCGGGCGAGGCGGAAGAAGGCGAAGAAGGGGCUGAAAAAACAGCCAGUGGCGAAAUCAAUGACGAGAGCGGUCUUCUCAGCCCUCCAAUAAUCGCAGAAGAAGAUGGAAAGCAGGAAGGUCAAGUGUCUGAAGGCGAAGACGUUGCCGAUCGUGCUGCCAGCAUGCUUCUCGGCCUGAGAAGUAAUUCCGAUUCAGGCAGUGGCGAGCGCCAGAGACGGAGAAGAGAAAGCGCAGACGAAGAGCGUCGUAAUCGCCGCAUGAGACGCCGCAAUCCCGCUACAAGCGGGAGCAAAGAUAGCGCGGAUGGCUCUAGUGGCCUUGCUACAGUUCAAGAGCCUGCUUCUCCGCAGGCAGACUCGAUGGUUACAGACGACCAACAACUCCCCAGCCCACCCAACGAGUCUCAACCUCCGCCUUCAAUUGUUGUAUCAGAGCAAGACGCUUCUUGCUCACAUGAUCCCUCAAUUGACGGUUCUUCUCCCCCCAAACCAACUGAUUUGUCGGAUUGA